AUGUCUAACGCCAGAACCAUGCAAGCAAUUGUCCUUAUAUUUGCAUGCAUUUCGGCCAUGUCUGCACCAAACUUUGCACAAGUAUUUGGUGGAGGUCUCCCCACUGGUCUCCCCACUGGCCUCCCCACUGGCCUGCCCACUGGCUUGUUAGGUUUUAACAGUUUGGGUCUGCCACAAGUUUUCCGGUGCAUCCCCAAUGUUUCAACCGCACCGAAGUGUGUCGAUAAAUUGCUGAUAGCCAGCUUCAACCUUCAACUUGAAUUGCUUGAUCCUGAAUGUUGCGAUGUAUUCUUGCAAGUUGAUGAAAAUUGUUUGUCAGAGGUGAUGAUGCCUGUGAAUCCAAUGUUUCCAUCGAUUUUCAAGAACUAUUGCGGGUCGAUACGGAAUUGA